AUGUCAAGUUCUUCUUCGUAUUCGGGUAGCAGCGCCGUUUAUAGCGAUUCGUCCCGUGCCAGUACACCUGAGCAUCAUGCUGUGCCACCUCCAGCCAACGUAGCAGCUCCUGCAAUAAGUGAAGAGCCUCCAUCUGGAGAGAAUCCAGCAGAAACAACUGUUCACCCUGAAGAAGAACGCAUUUCGGAGGGGGAUGACGACCCAUUUGCUUAUUCGUCGCAU